AUGAUGGUUGUAACCGAGCCCAUCGCCAUCGUGGGAAGCGCCUGCCGGUUUCCUGGCGAGGCGACCUCACCCUCCAAGCUGUGGGAUUUGCUCAAGAACCCGCGAGAUGUCCUGACUGAAAUUCCCGAAAGUCGCUUCAAUACGAAAGCCUUCUACCACCCCGACGGCCUUCACCAUGGCACCACCAAUGUCCGGCACUCCUAUGUGUUGACUGAGGAUCACCGCUUGUUCGACGCGCGUUUCUUUGGGACCAAACCAGUUGAGGCACAUUCGAUUGAUCCUCAGCAGCGUCUGCUACUGGAGACUGUCUAUGAAUGCUUAGAAUCGGCUGGCAUCCCAAUGGAGCACUUACAAGGCUCCGACACGGGAGUUUAUGUUGGCUUGAUGACGAACGACUAUGCGGAUCUUCUGGGACGAGACGUCCAAAAUCUUCCUACGUACUUCGCAUCAGGAACAGCGCGGAGUAUUCUCUCGAAUCGGAUCUCCUAUUUCUUUGACUGGCAUGGGCCCUCGAUGACCAUCGACACAGCCUGCUCAUCCAGCUUGGUUGCACUACACCAAGCAGUCCAGAGCCUACGGAGUGGUGAAAGCAGCGUGGCAGUUGCAGCAGGUACAAACCUCCUAUUAGGCCCCGAGCAGUACGUUGCGGAGAGCAAAUUGAAGAUGCUUUCGCCCAAUGGCCGCUCCCGCAUGUGGGACAAGGACGCGGAUGGCUAUGCACGUGGUGACGGGAUUGCGGCCGUGAUUGUCAAGACAUUGAGUGCAGCGCUAGCAGAUGGCGAUCACAUCGAGUGUAUCAUCCGAGAGACCGGCACAAACCAGGACGGAAGAACAAAAGGAAUCACUAUGCCCAAUCCUGUGGCCCAAGCAGACCUUAUUCGAACGACAUAUGCCAGAGCGGGCCUCGAUCUGUCGAAGCCCAGCGACCGUCCACAGUAUUUUGAAGCUCAUGGAACCGGAACGCCGGCGGGCGAUCCCGUUGAGGCAGAAGCGAUCAGCACUGCAUUUUUUGGUCCAUCUGCAAAGUACUACCGACGGCCAGGAGAGGAACACCCAUUAUAUGUUGGCUCAGUUAAGACCGUUAUCGGGCAUACUGAAGGCACGGCUGGCCUCGCGGCUGUUCUGAAGGCAUCGCUGGCCUUGCAAUGCGGAAUCAUCCCACCGAAUCUCCUGUUGAACGAGCUGAGCUCGACUGUCCGGCCGUUUUAUACCGACCUUGAAAUCCUCAAAUCCGCCCAAGAUUGGCCUCAACUUCCAAUCGGAGUACCUCGGCGUGCCAGUGUGAACAGCUUUGGAUUUGGUGGAGCCAAUGCUCACGCGAUUCUUGAGACAUUCGAAUCCCAUAUGUCAAUGGAUGUGCUACCACGCCGUGAGACUGUGAAUAUGUUGCCGUUUAACUUCUCUGCAGCCUCGGAAAAAUCGCUUCUAACAAUCAUGGCAUCCUACUCAGAAUACCUUAAGAUGGAUCAGGAUGUGAAUCUGCGAGAUCUGUCAUGGACACUGAACUGUCGCCGGUCAACACUGCCUGUCCGCUUUUCUGUCUCAGCAUCGAGCGUGGAGGAUUUGGCCGCAAAGCUUCACAAAGCUACGCAAUCAUCGUCUGAAACCUCGACUAUUACUCAAAACCCAAGUGUUCGCAAGCAGAAGCUACUAGGCAUUUUUACCGGACAGGGUGCACAAUGGGUUCGAAUGGGUGCAGAGCUGCUGGCCAGCUCUCCUUUGGCUAUUGAUUGUGUCUCGCGGUUGGAAAAGUCCUUGCAAAAGCUCCCAGAAGAGCAUCGCCCCUCUUGGUCCCUGAAAGAAGAGCUUCUCAAGGAUGCCGCCUCAUCUCAAAUUGGAAAAGGUGAAUUUUCUCAGCCCUUAUGCACUGCGAUUCAAAUUGUGCUAGUGGAACUUCUUCGCGCAGCGCAUGUUCAAUUUCACACUGUUGUGGGCCAUUCGUCGGGAGAGAUUGCCGCAGCUUUUGCAGCAAAGUACAUCAGUGCCGAGGAUGCUAUUCGAAUUGCAUACUAUCGUGGCUGGUCAUUACAGUAUUCCGGUGCCCAUAAUGGCGUCCAGGGUGCUAUGAUGGUUGCUGGAACUUCUUUCGAGGAUGCCAAAGAGCUCUGCGAAAUGCCGACACUCGAUAAACGGAUCUGCGUUGCUUGCAGCAACUCUUCUACCAAUGUCACGCUUUCCGGGGAUGCAGACGCUAUCGAUGAGGCGAUAGAGAUCUUCCAAGACGAGAAGAAGUUCAAUCGUCGGCUCAAAGUGGACAAGGCAUACCACUCUCCCCAUAUGAUGCCUUGUAGUGACCCUUAUAUCGAGGCCAUUCGGAAGUGCGGCGUGCGUAUUCAAUCUCGUCCAAGUGGCAGCGCCACUUGGAUAUCCAGCGUCUACGUCGAUGACGUUGAAAACGUCAGGGAGAACCUCAUUGACACAUACUGGAUCAGCAACAUGCUGAGCCCAGUGCUGUUCUCCGAGGCAAUUUCUUACGCGGUUGGCGCAGCUGGUCCUUUUGAUAUGGCGUUGGAGAUCGGGCCUCAUCCAGCGCUACAGGGACCUGUAAAGGAAACAGUUCAAGAGAUCUCUGGCAACACAAUACCUUACUCAGGUACGUUGAGUCGGAAUAAGAACGACUGUGAGAUGUUUGCCUCUUCUCUUGGAUCCUUGUGGGUGUCACUUGGAGAGAGUGCAGUGGAUUUUUCAAGCUUUGACCGCAAAGCGGGUGACACUGGUGAUGCCCCUAAGCUGAUCAAGGGGCUUCCUUCUUAUUGCUGGGACCACGACCGCGUCUACUGGCACGAAUCUCGCCUAUCAACCACGUUUCGAGCGGGGCAAGAGGAAUUCCAUCACCUGCUAGGCAUGAGAUGUCCUGAUGGGACGAUUGAUCAACUGCGUUGGCGCAACUAUCUCAAUCCUCGAGAGAUUCAAUGGCUCGCAGACCAUCAAGUUCAGGGACAGAUGGUCUUCCCCGCGGCAGGCUAUAUAUCUGCGGCGAUUGAAUGUAUUCUCCGGCAAUAUGCCCUGGAAUCGGUCCAGUUGAUCGAUUUCCACGACGUGAUUAUUGGCCAAGCUUUGGUGCUCGAGGAGAACACCGGGGUUGAGACUGUUUUUGAUCUCAAGAUCACCGAGCGCAGAAGCGACCGCGUCAAAGCAAUAUUCUCAUGUCAUUCCGCUGUGAACAGGGCAUCUUCUUCUCUGGCACUUCAUGCGUCUGCACAAGUACAGAUUGUCCUUGGCAACCCAAAGCAAGAUGUGCUCCCUCCUCGAAAGGGCACAUAUGAUGGCUUUCUGGACCUAGAAUCCAACCGAUUCUACCAGUCAGUAUCAAAACUGGGGUUCGGUUAUACAGGUCCUUUCCAAUCUCUCUCUGACUUGAGCAGAAAAAUGGAUGAAGCGACCGGGUUGGUCGCUGUCCCGACAGACCAAAACGAACGUCCUUUGCUCGUUCACCCGGCAUCACUGGAUGGUGCCAUUCAGUCCAUUAUGCUAGCCUAUUGCUUUCCUGGUGACGGAAGAUUGCGCACUAUUUACCUGCCCACCAAGAUUGACUGUGUGCGCAUUAAUCCCUCUGGUUGGGUGGAACUUGGGGGCCCCGGAGCAAGUCUUCCAUUCCACUCCUUGGUAGGAUCUGCAAAAUUCUCUGAGUUGUCGGGUGAUGUAAACCUAUUUUCUGCGGAUGGAGACACCAUUCUUCAGCUUCAAGGUCUUCAUACCACGCCACUCAGCCCUCUCACGGCUGCCAGUGAUGUUCAGCUUUUCACAGAGAUCACCUGGGGAUAUGAAAUCCCGAGGACAAGUGCUUUUGAUCCGGGCAGGGACUGGUUAGAAGAAAGCCACACACUGGCCCUGGACUUGGAGCGAUUGGCACACUUCUAUUUGAAGAAUCUUGCCCUCUCUACCACACCAACAGAACGUGCUGGAGCCACAUGGCAUAAUACUCAUAUGCUUUCAAAUGCUGAGCAUUGUCUGUCCUUGGUUAAAUCAGGAAAGCAUCCUUUUGCUAAAUCGCAGUGGGCGGAUGAUACAAAGGAGGAAGCCUAUCGGAUUCUGAGCCGAUAUCCCGACUCUAUUGAUGUCAAAAUUAUUCACGCAGUUGGCGAAAACUUUCCUUCAGUUAUUCGCGGAGAGAAGAAUAUUUUGGACGUACUAACAGAGGAGAACAGGCUGAAAGAAUUCUACGCCAACACACUUGGGGUCCAACAUUGUCGCAAGGAAAUGGCUCAAAUGGCUGGUCAAAUCAGCUAUCGCUACCCGCAUAUGAACGUCCUAGAAAUAAGAGCUGGCGCUGGCGAAACAGCCAAUCUCAUUCUGCACGAAAUGAACACUGCUUUCGCUUCCUACACAUAUACUGAUAUUUCAACUGGAUUCUUCGAUGACGCCAAGGAGAGAUUCAGUGACCGUUUGUCGAAAAUGACUUUCAAAGUGCUUAACAUUGAGAACGAUAUCAUCGAUCAGGGCUAUGCAGAGAAAUCAUUCGAUCUGAUAAUAGCUUCCCUGGCGCUUUAUGCCACCAAACGGCUUGAAGCCGCUUUUUCCAACAUUCGCCGCCUUCUUAAACCCGGCGGAUAUUUGCUCCUACUAGAGCCGACUAACCCGGAUGUUAUGCAUUUUGGUCUCGUCCUCGGGGGCCUCCCUGACUGGUGGUUGGGCUAUGACGAAGGUCGUAAGAAGUCACCAUUAGUUUCAGUUGAAACAUGGGAGGAAUUGAUGAGAAAAUCCAAUUUCUCUGGAAUUGAUGCGAUAUAUCCACAUCACCCAAAAUUUCCGCUACCAUUUUCGGUGAUGGCUACUCAAGCCGUCGACAAUCGGGUCCAUUUUUUGCGAGAACCAUUGGCGCUGGAACACCAGGCUCUGGGUUUGGAAACAUUGACCAUUAUCGGGGGCAAGUCCAGCCAAACCUCUGUCAUCGUCAAGGACAUCUCAGCAGCAGUAGCUCGGCACUAUAACCACAUCCACAAUGUUCCCUCAGUCAUUGAAUUGAUUCCUUCCGAUCUGCCUUUCAUGGGAACUGUGGUUAGUUUGGUCGAACUAGAUGAACCAAUGUUCAAGGACAUGUCAUCGGAGAAGGUGAAGUCCUUCCAAGAGCUGUUCAAGCAGAGCAAGAACAUCGUUUGGGUCACAUAUGGCGCACAGGGCGACAAUCCGUAUGCCAACAUGUUUACUGGUGUCCAGAGAACGCUGGUCUCAGAAAUGGAUCACCUCCACAUCCAACGCAUCAACUUUCAUACGCUGAUGGAGGCUAAUGGACGGCUCAUAGCUCAGAAACUUUUGCUGCUUGAGAUUGCGGACAUCUGGAACCAGAAUGGUGAGCGAGGUAGGCUUUUGUGGUAUGAUGAACCGGAGCUUUCCUUCAAAAAUGGAAACUUCCUUGUUCCACGAUUCCGCUUGGACCAGAGAAGGAACGACAGGUAUAAUUCCUCCAGGCGUUCUAUGGUCAAGCAGAUUGAUCGUGACGCCUCGUCCGUCUCUAUUGGAUGGUCCAGACUAGGAUACCGAAUUGAUGAAAACAACAUCCGGAGUACAGUUUCGCACCCAGACCGCACAGAUAUAACUGUGACACACUCCCUUCUACGUGCUGUCAAGAUUGCGGACGGCACCAGUCUAUUUCUUGUCUGUGGGACAAAUUCUCAAACAGGCGAGCAUGUUAUAGGAGCAUCGGAAUCUCUGAGUUCUCGCGUACAUACCCCACGUACCUGGGUUGUUCUUUGCGGGGAAUCUGUGGAACAUGGAAUUCAGUCGACAAUUAACCUGUAUAUCUAUUUCCUGGCUACAGCCAUGCUUGACCAAGUCCUCCCAGGAAAGUCGCUGGUGGUUUUGGAUCCGGACUUCUCAUUUGCAUCCAUUUUGACUCAACGGGCCUCCGAGAAAGGCGUCCAGCUCGUAUUGCUAACAACAGCAGACGAUGCCUGCGUAUGGCCAUGGGUUCACAUUCAUCCAUGUGCCACAAAACGCGAGAUACUGGAGAAUUUACCUCACAAUAUUGCUCGUUUUGUCAAUAUUGGUGGCGACCAGGAGUCAACGUCCAUCAUUAAGCAGUGUUUACCGGCCAAUUGUGACGUGCAAACUGAGCAGUCGCUCACAAGUGAAGUGUCGCACUCAGAAUCUUACGAUGCCACUAGCAAAGUUGCUACCCAGAUCCAGGCGGCUUGGAUGAGAAUACAAAACGAACAGGCACCGGUCAAUCCUCUCCGAUUUGGAAGGCUUUGUUUGAAAGAGCUCAUACAGAAUGUUAACCCACGAACUUCACAAUUUGUCAUCGAAUGGGGUAAGAGCAAACUUCUAGCCCAACUUCAGCCCGCCAGUGUGCAGGUCCAGUUUGCAAAAGACAAGACAUAUUGGCUUGUUGGAUUAACCGGUGGACUUGGUCUGUCGCUGUGCCAAUGGAUGGCAGGCCAAGGUGCACGAUACAUUGCACUCUCAAGCCGAAACCCCAAGGUUGACGAAGUGUGGCUGCGUCAAAUGGCUGCUAGUGGUUGCACAAUCCGAGUUUUCUCCAGGACAAUGCCUCCAAUUGCAGGUGUCGCCCAAGGUGCUAUGGUACUCCAAGACACAAUGUUCCCAGACCUUGAUCUCGCCCGGCUUGAGGGAGUGCUUCGACCCAAAGUUGAUGGCAGCAUUAUACUUGAUGAACUCUUCUCGGAUAACACACUCGAAUUUAUGAUAUUCUUCUCGUCCAUGGCUGCGGUGACGGGUAACCCUGGCCAAGCCGCAUACAACGCAGGUAACAUGUUCAUGACCAGUCUUGCUGCUCACCGGAUAAAGCGCGGAUUGGCAACUUAUGCGAUCAAUAUUGGUGCUGUUGUAGGCAAUGGAUACGUAACUAGGGAGCUCAACAUGAGCCAGCAGAAUUACCUUUACCGGGUCGGCCAUUCCUGGAUGUCUGAACAAGACUUCCAUGAAGUUUUCGCCGAAGGAGUCCUGUCUUGCAUGGACCAAUCCGGCAUCGCAGAACUGUUCAGUGGACUGAGAAUUGAUGACGAUGAGUCCAAAAGCUGGGUAUCCAACCCUAUGUUCCAACAUCUGGUAUUCAGAUCAAGCAAUUUGCUUGCCGGAGGCAACAAGGGUAAGGCUGGCGGCAUCAUCAAGGCCCAGCUAUUGGAAGCUAUUUCUCGUCAGGAAGUUAUCGAAAUUCUAGAAGGUGGCUUUGUGCUAAAGCUCCAAUCUGCGUUGCAAGCCGAUCCCGACAAGCCAAUGUUGGAUAUGAGCCCUGACGAGCUAGGCAUCGACUCUUUGGUCGCAGUUGAUCUUCGUUCGUGGUUUUUGAAGGAACUGGGAGUGGACAUGCCCGUGUUGAAAAUCUUCAACGUUGUGUCAAUCCGGGAAUUACUUGCUUCGGCUGCAGAGCUUCUCUCUUAUGCCUUGAUUCCCAACGUUAACGAUGAUGCGAGGCUCUCAGAAAAUUCUCAAUUGGACAAUUCACACGCUUUGAAUGUCCAGAAUAAAGGUUCAGGCGCCUCAAAUGAAACGUCAGCAGAUGAAACAGGCUCCUUCACCGUUGAUAUGAUAGAGUCUCUGAAGUCACGGCACCUGGACUUGGCAAACGCCCACAGCAGUAGCUCCACUGCUUCUCUGCGGGCAGAGGACUCCAAUUCAGAGGAUACCGAGGACCCGGCAUCGUCUAUAUACACAGAUGAUUAUGGUCCGGUAGUCCCCAAUCGUACUGUUCAAAAGAUUCUUCCUAUGUCAUUUGGUCAGUCGCGCUUCUGGUUCCUAAAGUUCUUCGUGGAAGACAAAUCUGCAUUUAACAGCACAACGACAAUUGGCUUAUAUGGGCGUCUUCAGAUUGAUGCCUUCGCUAAAGCCAUUGAAUUGGUGGGCGAGCACCACGAGGCGCUGAGAACAUUCUUUUUCACUGAUGGCGAGAAGCGGCAUAUGCAGGGUAUUUGGACCACCCCAAUUUUGCGUCUGGAACACAUCAAAAUCAUCGACGUAAACGAGGUCGACAAAGCUGCAAAAAAAAUGAAGGCCCAUGUUUUCCACCUUGAACAGGGAGAAAUUCUUCGCGUCCAACUCCUUUCCUUGUCACUAGAGCAGCAUUGGAUAAUCUUCGGAUGUCAUCAUAUUAAUAUGGACGGAAUUAGUUUUGAGAAUUUCUGGUCUGAUGUUGAAAAGGCCUACCAAGGUGUCCCUCUAUCCUCAACUGUGUUACAAUACCCCGACUUUACUCUUCGGCAGUUGCGCGAGUAUGAGUCUGGCGCAUGGACAUCUGAUUUGGACUUUUGGCGCCAAGAAUUUGUUGAACUGCCGCUUCCAAUCCCUCUUCUCCCAUUUUCUCAGCUUAAUGUUCGUCCCAGCGUCUCGCAGUUCGGGUCCCAUACUGCCCUGAUCAGGCUGGAGAUAGGCCUUUGCGCAAAGGUUGAACAGUGUUGUCGGGUGUUCAAAACGACACCAUUCCAUUUUUACCUUGUCAUUUGGGAGAUUCUGGUUCUCAGAUAUUUUGAUAUAGACAGUGUCUGUAUUGGAGUCGGCGAUGGUAACCGGACUGACAGCGACGUGCUCAACAGUGUUGGACUUUUCCUCAAUCUUCUUCCGAUCCGGUUUAUGCGAAAGCCAGAUCAGUCCUUUGGGGAAGCCCUGAAGGAAAUCCGGUACGUGACACAAAACGCAUUCGCACACUCACGCGUGCCAUUCGACGUCAUUUUAAAGGAGUUAUAUGUCACGCGCUCCGCCUCCUACACUCCAUUAUUCCAAAUAUUUUUCAACUAUCGACGAAAGAUUCAAGAAUCCAGAACAUUCUGUGGAUGUCGUGCUGAGGGCGAACUGUUAGGCGCUGGCGAGACAGCGUAUGACCUCAGCUUAGACGUUGUUGACAUCAGCAACGGGGAGACCAUGUUAUGUCUUUCUGUACAGAAGGAUCUGUACAAAAUGGAGCAUGCAGAUAUUCUUGUCCAGAGUGUGGAAAUGAGAAAUCGAUGGCCAGCAACUAUCGUGCACCGUGUUGAUGAAAUUGCUCGUCUUUAUGGAAGCCGCGUGGCCUUGAAAGAUCAACAGAACCAUGUCCUCACGUACUCUCAGAUGCAAAAUCGGGUGACCUGUAUUGCAAAUGAACUUCUCAUCAAUGGGGUCAGGCCAGGAACGGCAGUGGGAAUCUUCCAAUCUCCAAGUAUAGACUGGAUUUGCUCCUUGAUGGCCAUUCUUCGGGUUGGCGGGGCCUAUGUUCCACUGGACAAAAAGGUGGGUAUGAAUCGAUUGAGAGUGAUCACCAACGACUCACGCCUACCGGUGAUCCUGAUUGAUUCCUCUACACACUCAGAAUUUUCACUUCUCAAAUCUGAUGCAGACACAAUUGAUGUCUCCAACCUGCGUGAUGCGACCACAAGUCCUGUGUCUGUCAGAGCUGAGCCCAAGGGAACCGCUGUCAUCAUGUACACCAGUGGGUCCACGAGCACUGCAAAGGCAAUCAAGAUCCAUCACUUGGCCUGGGUACAUAAAAUUCAAGGUGCAAUCGGUGAAUGGAGGCUUGCCGAAGGAGAGGAAAUAAUACUGCAACAGUCGUCCUAUUCUUUUGAUAUGUCUCUUGCCCAAAUAUUCCUUUCACUGUGUACAGCAGGGACCCUUGUUAUUGCAUCAAGCUUGACUCGCAGUGAUCCGAUUGCUAUUUCCGCUUUGAUCGCAGCUGAAAAUGUGACUCUUACGACACUCUCAGCUGCGAACAACCAUAUCUGGGGGGAGGCUUUGUCGAAUGGGCUGAUUCAACAAUUUAAGCUGCUGGACAAAUCGAACUUGCGGCUAAUCAAUGCCUACGGGCCUACGGAAGCCACGUUGGCCUGCAGCAGCACUGAGGUUCCAUAUGCCCAGCUCGACGCAACCUCGGCCAUAAACAACUUGCCUCUCUCCACAUCGCCCAAUUACUCCACCUACAUUGUUGACAGUAGUCUUAACCCUGUUCCCAUUGGAAUACCUGGCGAAGUGGUAAUUGGAGGUGCUUGUGUCAGCCAGGGUUACCUCAACGAAAUCGACACAAAAGCUCGCUUCUUGCAAGAUCAACAUGCCAGUACAUUCUUCCAUGAACAUGGGUGGACAACAAUUCAUCGAACUGGGGACCGGGGGAGACUUUGCAAAGAUGGGACCUUGGUUCUCAUGGGUCGCAUUGAAGGUGACACUCAAGUCAAGCUCGGUGGCAUUCGAAUGGAUCUGGAGGAUAUCGAGGCCACGAUUGUGCGCGCCGCCGGUGGGAAGAUUGUUCAGGCUGUUGUUUCAGUUCGCACUCAACAAGACGUGGAGCAGAGCAAGAUGUUUCAGGUCGCAUUUGUGGUCCUCCGCGAUGACAACCCACCUUCUCAACCGACUCAGUUCCUGCAAAAUCUUGUGGCAGAACUACCGGUGCCUCAAUACAUGCGACCAGCAGCACUCAUUCAAGUUGACUACAUACCGCUAACGCCUUCUGGAAAGAUCAAUCGACCUGCAAUCGAUGAGCUUCCUAUCCCUCGGGCUGCACAACACCAAACGCAUGAUAUAGAUCUUACGGCGUCAGAGCUUUCCCUGCGUCACCUGUGGCACGAAGCGCUACCACAAGGGCUUGCUGAGCACUAUUCUAUCAGCGCGACAUCAGAUUUCUUUCAUGUCGGAGGAUCAUCAUUAGCAUUGGUUAAUUUACAAAGCUUGCUCAAACACCGACUAGGAGUUUCUGUGCCUUUGUACCAAUUGUUUGAGGCAAGCACCCUCCACGCCAUGGCCUUGCGAAUAGGAAAUCUGUCGUCCUCCAUCUCUAAUCCGACGGUGGACUGGGAACAUGAGUUACAGAUUGCACCUGACCUAGAUCAAACCACGCUGAGCUUUGGGGCUACGAUUUUUCCUCCGCAGGGUGUUAAUGUCGUGGUACUCACUGGUUCCACGGGCUUCCUCGGCAAGGAAAUUCUUCAGCAACUUAUCAGCGAUGACCGAGUUAUGCAGAUACACUGCAUUGCUGUUCGAAAGGAGCAGUCUCAAUUACCCGAGAUGUUCUCUCAUGGCAAAGUGAUUUUGCAUCGAGGAGAUCUGGGUGCAUCACAGCUUGGUCUUACCAAUCCUGAAGCAAUAUCCAUUUUUUCUCACGCCGACAUAAUCAUUCACAACGGUGCCGAUGUCUCUUUCAUGAAAAGCUAUCAUACACUCAAACUCAUCAAUGUUGCCUCAACCAAGAAGCUCGUCAAGCUGGCCUUGCCGCGACGUGUCCCAUUCCACUUCAUAUCAUCAGCAAGCGUCGCACGCCUUGCACACAAGGACAGUUUUGGUGAAAUAUCGGUUGCUCAGUAUCCUCCACCUCAAGUGCCCGAUGACGGAUAUGUCGCUGCCAAAUGGGUCAGUGAGGUGUAUCUAGAACGCGUCAGCCACCAGUUCAACCUUCCAGUUUGGAUCCAUCGCCCAUCUAGCGUGACAGGUCCAGAUGCUCCGGAACUCGACCUGAUGAGCAAUCUCAUGCGAUACAUCCAGGAGACAAAGGCUAUACCGGACACGGGAUCUUGGUCUGGCAUGUUCGACUUCAUAUCCGUACAGUCGGCGGCGAGUCAGAUAAUAAAGUCGGCGGAAUCAUCUACAGCCAUUCAGCCAUUUUUCGGGAACGUCAAGUAUAUCUACGAGUCUGGGGAGAUCCAAAUCAGUCAGGAAGACGUGCAGUCGUUAAUGGAGCUCGGGAAAGGUGCUUCAUCUGAAGUGAUACCUGUUGACAGCUGGGCUGAACGCGCGGAGAAAGCGGGAAUGAAUGUGCUACUCGGGGUAUAUUUACGUAGAAUCUCGGGCGGACAGGUCUUGCUGCCGCGGUUGAUCAAAUACAGGGAGGAGACCGGAUGA